AUGCUGAAUGGUACAGAAGUUUUAUAUUUAAAUCCUGCAGAAAAUUUCCACAUUCAUUGGCCAAUGAAAAGAGGAAAAUUAAAUAUUCAUUCCCAAAUUGGUGGAUCUUUGACAUCAGUAUUAGCUGAUAUAGAGACAAUUUGGGGAACUGCCAUUCAACAAUAUUUAGAAAUACCUCUUAAAGAUUUGAAACAUUACAGAGCAGUAUUAGUUGUAUCUGAUAUUUAUAUCAGACAGCAUGUGAAAGAAAUAGUCAACUUACUGCUCACAAAACUUAAGUUUGGUGGCUGCUUCAUUCAUUUAGAAUCAGUCUGUGCUACAUUUGGUGCUGGUCUUAGUUAUGCUUGUGUUGUUGAUGUUGGUGAUCAAAAAACUUCAGUAGCUUGUGUGGAGGAUGGUAUUUCACAUAGAAAUACAAGGUAAAUUUGCUCUAUUCUUAAAAUUUUUUAUUUAUGAAUUAGUUUAUGAUAACUUAGAAGUAAAUCAUAUAAGAAAUGUUGAA